AUGGCGCGUCCCACGUGCUCCUCGGCGAGCUUCCUGCGGCGCUGGCGGCGGCUGCUGGGCGCCGAGCCGGCGCUCACGGGCGUGGUGGACUGCCUCACGCCGCGCGAGGCCGUGUGCGUGCUGGUCUUCGCGCUGGACGCGCAGUACGAGCCGCUGGCGCGCUUCCUGUACGCGCACGCGCACCUGCUGUCCUUGGGGGACGCGUCGCGGCGCUUCACGAGCGUCCUGCACUGCGCGGCGGCGCACGGCUGCGCGGAGGUGGUGCAGUGGCUGCUGCGCUUCCGACUGAGCCACCGCGCGCUGCUGGGCGCCGAGAAACAAGCGCGCAGCGGCGUCUGGAAGCCGCAGAAGCCCUCGACCCGAGGCAAAGCGCUGGCCUGGAGCGCGCGCAACAGCGCGUACGAGUUCCCGGCCGAGGUCAUGUACGAGGCCGCCAGACAGGGCGACCAGGAGGUCGUGCAGUGGCUGAGCUGCUGCUGCCAGUACGAGAGGCACAAGGCCAUGGAGUACGCGGGCUCGGCCGGCAGACUGGAAGUCGUCAUGUGGCUCCACGAGCUGGCCAGCAAGCAGCAGGAACAGGAGGACGCGGAGCAGGACGCAGAGCAGGACGUGGUGGUGUACAUGGUGCAGCCGCUGGAGACCAAGCUGCAGGUGCUCAACUGGGUGGCGGUGUUCCCCAAGCGCAAGUGCUUCCGAGAGGUCUUCGCCUCGAGAGCAGGCCUGCUGGCUGACAUCUACGACCAGAGAGACCCGCUGCUGCCUUGGGACGACGCAAAAGCUCUUGGAACUUCUUUAGGCAGGAGACGGUACCGUGCUCUGGACACUGCAGCAGCUCAGGGAGAUCUGGCCAUGGUCAAGAGGCUGCAUGAGGAUGGGAGAUGGCCAUGCACCAGUCUUGCGAUGGAUACAGCAGCAGCUAAUGGCCACUUGGACGUGGUGCAGUUCCUCCAUGAGAACCGACGCGAGGGAGGGACGGCCGUCGGUAUGUGCAGUGCGGCGGGGAACGGACACUUGGAUGUGGUGCAAUGGCUACACAAGAACCGGAGCAGUGAUGGAUGCCGCUCGCUGGUGCUGGACCUGGCCGCGACUAAUGGACACGUGGAGGUGCUGCGCUGGCUGGCGCCUCGGUUCCCGCGGUUUUCGUGCUCAGCCGCGUUCUUGCCGAGCGUCGCAGCUCACGGCCACAUCAAGACACUGCAAUAUCUGCAUAAGGAGAUGAGGAUGCCGCUGGACCUGCGCACGCUCGAGGCUGCGAUUGGAUCAGGCCACUUGGAGCUUGUCAACUACGUUACAGAGCGGAUUCCACAGGACAAGCUACACACACUGUCGCCUACAGCGGCUGAGAAGGCCGCUGCAAGCGGCAACCUUGAACUCCUGGCUUUUGUUGUCGAGCGGCUCGGUCUGUGGUCACCACAGAUUUUGAUUGCUGCGGCACCUACGGGCAAUGUGGAGAUGGCAAAGUGGAUCGCAAAGCGGACGGACAGUGUUCCUGAACAAACGCAAGAGGUUGUGCUGGUGCGCGAGCGACGGGAUCGAGCCGGUACCUCCAACGCCAUCGACAGUAUGCUUCAGCCUGCCUCAUCCAUCAAGCGACGAUCGUCUUAUGACAAUCUAAAGUCUAUUGCACGUCCGUUAGACAUCGUGGACGGUGGCACGCUGUAUCGCUGUGCGUCACUCCGCCACUUCAGUAUGAUUGAGUGGCUGCUGCAGCAUGGGCUGGCAUCACCGGGGUUUUCCCUGUCGAUGAAAGAACGAGAGCUUGUGUUGCGCUCUGUUGUCGGCCGGGGGAUGACUGACGAGGACUCGCUGGAUGUGAUUGCGCUAACUGGGAGCAGUGACACUGCUAGUACUACGACGGAGCCACCUACCGCUGCUGUUACUGCAGCCGCAACUGCGGUUAUUGGCACUGCGAACGGCAGUGAUAUCGCACCCGGCGCCAACGCAGGCGUUGCCCGCAUUGCUGGAGUUCGAUCGAACCCGGAAGACAAGCGGCCAGGAUUCGAUCAUUUUGCGUGGGCACUGCCGGCCAAGACGAGUCCCUAUUGGCAGGCGAAAUUUGUUCGACUUGCCGUGCAGUACUGCCCCGAGUCGUCGUUAAAGCUCGAGUGGAUGCCGCUCUGGGCAGCGCAGCGCGGAGAGCUCUUUGUGCUGAAGCAGCUUUAUUCUGUCAAGCACCCGCAGUUGUUCACGCAGCAGACGUUCUCCGCGAUCAUGCGCUACACGAAAGCUGGAGACGCCCUGCAGUGGUUUCAAACACAUAGUGCGACGCUCAUGGGGGACUCGUCAGUUGUGGAGUGGGGCGUCAAGUACCACCAGUUCGCGUACCUCACGUACGUAUUCCUCAAGUUCCAGCCUGCGCGAGCCGAGGACCGCUUCCGUCAGCACGGAGUCGAGUAUGCUCUGCACGUAGCGUGCGCUAUGGGGCAUCUCGACGUCGUAACGUGGAUCUGCGGCAACUGCGAGAUUUUCCUGAACGUUCCGGCGUCUGAGCUGCACGCCAAGCUGGGCCGACUCACGAUCUGGAACGACGCGCUAAUCGCGGCGGCGCGUUGUGGACAGAUCGGGAUCUUGGUUUGGCUGCACGAGAAGUUCACCUUCUUCCGCAAGGUGCCGGACAGUCCGCGCAAGACGACGCUCGUGGCGGCCAUGGCCGACGCUGCUGCUGGGUACGGCCAGCUUCGAGUGCUACGUUGGCUUCAAGCUACGGUCGCGCCCCAACUGGUGCACUCGAACGCGGAGCCGAAGCCUGACACCAGCGCUGCAGUUGCGGAGACCAGCUUCGUGUCGACAGAAGGGCUGCUGCAAGCCAUGCAGAACCGCCACGUCGACGUGGUUCAGUGGGUUUGUGCCGUGGACAUGGGGCUUGUCAUCCGGCAGACUGCAAAACGGCGUCUCGACCUCGUGACCUUCCUCCGCGAGGAGGCGGACGGAUUCACUCCGUCCAGACUGGGCUUCGUCUUUCCUCCGCUGUGA